GCGGUCAGACCUGGUAACUCCUUCUACGCCACGGAGAACAGGCGAGCAAGUGCGCAGGCGCAGCGCAUACGCUGCUUUUCUACGAAGUUUCUGGAUAUCUGGGCGCAACGCAAAAUAUUGACCACAUUUGACCAUUCUGAGACUCCCUCUAGUUGGAAAGAGUGAUAUUCUGCUGUGAAGAUGUCUGUUUCUUCGCUCUACCUCAAACAAGACAACAUGGUGCGCUUCAAGAGGAGAAAGGCACGUUUCUCCUUUAGUGAAGUGCACAUCCUGCUGGACGAAGUGCGGAAGAACCGCCACAUUGUUGUGGGUAAGUUUAACGCCGGCAUUCCCUCUGACGUGAAGCGCAGGAAAUGGGCUGAGAUCACGGCGCGUGUUAAUGAGAUUGGAGAGUGUGACAGAGAGAUCAUGGAAGUGAUCAAGAAAUGGUCAGACCUUAAAUGUGACACAAAACGUAAACUGGCCGCCCUGAGGACCGGUGCUUCGGUGUCCCUAAGAUUGGCACGGUCCAAUAUUGAACUGUCCCCGAUGGAAGUCAUCGUAGAAUCCAUCCUCGAACUGGACAAGAGACCGUGGGAAGUGACAGAGCGGUCCAGAUCUCGCAGUCACGGUGAUGAUCAAGAGACUGUGGGUGAGGAUGAGGAAGAGGAGGAUGGAGGAUUUAUGGGGAUAAAGUCGGUCAACAGUUCCCCGAGCAGAGGAAUGGAUGUGGGAGGGAGGCCUGCUACUACAAGUGGAUCUGGGGGUGAGAUGCAGUAUGAUAGCUCCAAACCUGGAGAUCCCGAAUCCCACUUAGACUCAGAUGAGGACAACCGUGACCUCUUCCCAUCAUCCUCUAUGGCAUCAGUCACUAACUCAUACUCUGAGGAGGAUGGAAUUGCAACUAGAAGCAGUGCUGGACACGUUUCAUCAACAGCCACCCCUUCUAUUAAAAGACCCCCGCCUUUCUCAGGGAUGGAGCCAGACAGUUCACGUGAGCAGUUAGUGCACAACGCAAGCCUCAGCGUGCAGGAGCAGCACACUGCCAAUGCUCUUCUAGCCACUGUCUCCCGUUCGCUUGAGCUGCUUGCAGAGUCAGUGCAGCAGCUAGCAGAGACGCAACAGGAGUUUGCACGAGAAUCACUGCAGCUACAGAGGGACACUGUGCAAGUGUUGCGAGAUUUUGCCUCCGGCACGCUAACAAUACUGCAGGAAAAGGUCAACGGCAAACCUGCAUUGUGAAAUUUAUGUUUAACAUUCAAAUGAUGGCGCAGUGUGUGAUGCUUGUUGAUA